GUUUAAGUGUAUAAUCGUGGUGGUAUCAUUUAAAGAUUUUGCUUGAAGGCUAGUUUGUAGCUGAGCCUCAAAUGAGUAUAAGGAAGGUGCUAGGAGUUUUGUAGAGACAAUAGAGAAAGAGGCUAAUUAUCCAGAAAAGUUAUUAUGUCCAUGUAAAUUUUGUCGAAACUUAAGUCACCAAAAGGUCAAUUUGCUUUAUGAGCACUUGGUCAUAAAUGGAAUUGAUCCUACAUACACAAUUUGGUUUCAUCACGGGGAAGAAGCACCUAGAAGUGAUGAUAUUGAGGAAAUGAAUUCUUUUGAUGCUUUUAAUUUGUUUAGUGCUACAAAUAUUGAUGAUUGUGAUUCUGAAGAACCUGUAGAAGGCCCUGAUGACAACUUCAUCAAAAAAUUAGAAGAUGCACAAAUCGCAUUAUAUCCACAGUGCACAAAAUACACUAAGUUGUCAGCUAUUAUUGCUUUAUAUAAGGUUAAGACAACUAAUGGAUGGUCUGACAAGAGUUUUGAUGAGAUUCUCAAUCUUUUUCAUGAUAUGCUUCCAUGUGAUAACGUGCUUCUCAAGUCCACGUACUCAGUUAGGAAAUAUCUUCAAACAUUUGACUUAGGAUAUGAAAAGAUUCAUGCUUGUGUAAAUAAUUGUUGUUUGUUUAGAAAAGAUAAGGAGAAGUUAGAAGAAUGUCCAACAUGUGGAACUUCUCAUUGGGCGACAGAUAAACUUACUAACAAGGUUCGAAAAGGUAUUCCAGCAAAAGUUUUGAGGUAUUUUCCUAUAAUUCCAAGGUUCAAACGAAUGUUUAAAUCUGAAAGAAUGGCUAAGGAUUUACGAUGGCAUCACAAUAAUAAGAGUAACGAUGGGAAAAUGCGUCACCCGGUAGAUUCUGUUGCUUGGGAAUUAGUGAAUGAGAGAUGGCCUGCUUUUUCCAAAGAAGAACGAAAUCUAAGACUUGGACUUUCUACCGAUGGUUUUAAUCCUUUUAGUAAUUUGAGUAGUAAACAUAGUGUUUGGCCUGUGAUGAUCGUUAUGUAUAACUUACCCCCAUGGUUAUGCAUGAAAAAAGAAAAUAUUUUAUUGUCAUUGUUAAUUCCAGGACCGAAGCAACCUGGGAAUGACAUUGAUGUAUAUUUAGAACCACUCAUCGAGGACUUGAAUACAUUAUGGAAUGAGGGAGUUGAGCUCCAUGAUGCUUUUGUAAACAAAACUUUUACAUUGAGAGCAAUUUUGAUGUGGACCAUCCAAGAUUUUCCAGCCUAUGGGAACCUUGCUGGAUGUAAAACUAAAGGGUAUUGUAGUUGUCCUUUAUGUGGUAACGAUACACAUUUAGAGUGGAAAAAGGAGAUCUUCUUUCAAAUAUAUUAGGUCCUGAAAAGGGUUCCUAUGUGAGAGGUUAUGGUAAAGGAGUUACCAAAACUAAGUUAGCAAUUGCAUCGGAAAAAGAAGAACAUAUAUGUAGAAUUGAAAAUGAGUAUAAAGAGUUAAAAGAAAAAGUGGCUGUUAUGGAGCAAUUGAUUAACUCUUUCAUAAAUUCCAAGUCUCAUUCUAACUUGAGCGGAGAGCAGUCCAAUGCACAUAAUCGUCCUACACGGGGUGAUGUUGGAAUUCAAGGCCAAAAGUGCGAACUUUUGGAUUGGACUGGUUCUGGGAAUAUUGUUGCUGUUGGAUAUUUCAUUUCAGAUGAUCCACAAGAUUCAGUUCUUGGUGUUCCUCUUGGACCAUUUGCCAUGAAGGUUGGUGUUGAUUUUGUAAGGGAAUCUAAGGCAUUUCUAUGGAGGCCUACUUCAGGAUUAACUUGCAUUGAAGAAAGCGUUGGAAAUAUUAUUGCUUGGCCGACUGACAAAGUUAUAAUGAGGUAAAUUACUUAAACUGCUAUAUGGGAUAUUUGGUUCUGUUUAU